CCUUACCUCCGCUAACGUCACGGCCUUGAAUCCCUGCAGGUCCUGCUGGGCGACAUGGCUGCCCAGAAGAUCAACGAAGGCUUGGAGCACAUCGCUAAAGCGGAGAAAUAUUUGAAAACUGGAUUAUUAAAAUGGAAGCCAGACUAUGACAGUGCAGCAACUGAAUAUUCAAAAGCAGCUGUUGCUUUUAAAAAUGCCAAACAAUAUGAUCAGGCAAAAGAAGCCUAUUAUAAAGAAGCUCUCUGCCAGGAAAACAAUAAAGCUCUCUUCCAUGCUGCAAAAGCUUAUGAACAAGUUGGCAUGAUGUUAAAGGAGAUGAAACAACAUCAUGAUGCAGUGGAAAUGAUUCAGAGAGCCAGCAUGAUGUACCUGGAGAAUGGAACACCUGACACAGCAGCUAUAGCCCUGGAUCGGGCUGGGAAAGUAAUAGAAAAUAUAAAUCCAGACAAGGCUAUACAACUUUAUCAGCAGACAGCAGCAGUGUUUGAAAAUGAAGAACGUUUACGACAAGCAGUUGAAAUGUAUGGAAAAGCUUCAAGGCUUUUAGUCAGAGGUCGCAGACUAGAUGAGGCUGCAGUAUCUAUUCAGAAGGAAAAGAGUCUUUAUAAAGAUAUUGAAAACUAUCCAACUUGUUACAAGAAAACUAUUGCUCAGGUCUUAGUUCAUCUUCACAGAAAUGACUAUGUUGCUGCAGAAAAAUGUGUCAGGGAAAGUUGUAGCAUACCAGGCUUCAGUGAAAGUGAAGACUGUGCCGCAUUGGAGCAGCUCCUAGAGGGGUAUGAUCAGCAAGACCAGGACCAAGUAUCAGAUGUUUGCAAUUCACCACUGUUUAAAUACAUGGACAAUGAUUAUGCCAAGCUUGGCCUCUCAUUGGCUGUCCCAGGAGGAGGUGUGAAGAAGAAAUCCCCAGUUACUCCACAGGGCAAAGUGGGUGAACCAGGUGAAGGAGGUUCCCGUGGAAAUGAGGAAGAUGAUGAUUAUGCAAGUGGACUACUGUAACUCCAAUACAACUCUACUCUUAAAUGUCAACCUAGCUGUUUCUGGCAAUGAGCAAUUCUGGAAGCUGCCGUCACUUCAUUGCAAUCAGUAAAUUGGAAAUUUAAAUAUUUGUCUGCUUCUGGGAAACAUGUACGGAAAGCAUGGUUGUACAUCUCAAAGUCUUCUUGAGUUACAGUCCUACAUCUUUGCAGUGCAUCUGCUUUAAUAAAGAAUUUUGAGUAUUACAGUCUUCCUUCAAAAGGGGAAGUGGGUUUGGAUGAUGGCAUUUACCUCCCAAUAAUUCUUUCUAGAUGUCUAGUUUCAGGGCCUAUUGCUUCAUGCUCUGAUAUUCCUGGGCAAGGAUGGAGUUCAGGCAAAGGAGUGUUAAGCAUUUUUUUGAACAAUGCCCACUAAACAGUGUGGAACACCUUAAACUAUGUUGGCUAUCCCUUUUCCCAUAUGACCCUAAUAUUUUCUGAAACAUAAUGUAUAUAGAAGGUUUAUGGGCCAGUGUUGGGAAGGCAUAAUCAGUUCUUUAGAAGCAUAAAUAGUGAAAACUAGUUUUCUGAGUAACACAACACCUCUAUAGAUAAACUGGAAAAGAAACCUUGUUUUCUUUUGAAUAUCACAUACUUUAGCUAUGGAAACUUCAGCAUUUCUGGGCAAAAAAGGACCCCACACUCAUUGGUAUGCAAAUGAUACGCUUUUCAUAUUCAGAGAAUAUCUAACAUUAUGAACUUGCAGAUUUUCCAGGGAGAAGUAAUAUACCACAGGAGAAGGAUCUUGAAAUGUGUUCAAUAACAUUCCUAGUAGCUUUCAGUUGUGUUGAUUCAGCAUCAUGAACACAAUUCCCUGUUAAUCACAUCCCUUGCCAUAGGGUAAUGUUUACUUUCACGGGUAAUUCAAAUAUUGCUGUUUUUGUUAAGUAUAGACUUGCACUAUUAUGUAUUGUGUGAGGAAAGGAACAUGACUGUAAAACACUGUUGUUUUUUGAGGUUUGUGUGGGGGGGGGAGAGAGACAGUAAAUUCUUAAAUCACACAUUCAGACGUUUAUGGAGAGAUGUUUGUAACCCAGUGAGUAUAACAGUUUUGAACUAGGCCCACUUCCUAUUUUCAUGGUACAUGGAAAUCUUCAGGGAUAUAAAACUGAAUUUGUGUGCAAUGAAACAACAUUUUUACAAAGGAUUGCAAUGACACUUUCAGAAUUGAAAUUUGUGAAGUUGAGUGUAACUUAAAAUGCGUAAUAUCUAUAUUUUUUGACCUAAUGACCUUUAUUUUAGCUGGCAAAAAUGUAAUGGAAACCAUAGUAUCUUUAUUCAAUGUUAAACAGUAAUCAGCACUUUCUGAUAAUAUGUGUUUUAGUGUUUGUUUCCCAAAGCACUGUACACACUUCCUUUGACUAAGAGAGCAAAUGCAGCACGGAGGAAGGUUUUGAGGAAUAAUGCCAACUUUUCAAGAGCCAAAGCAUGUGUUGGUUUGCAUGAAGAUGCUAAAAUACUAUGAAAGUAAAUAACUAUAAAUUAUUGAAUACUGCUCAUUUGUACACCCAGAUGUUGUGUAAACUGUGUUUUAUGCAAUGUGAAACCUGUACUUUAAUUGUAAUUCUGCCUGGCCUUUCUGUGGGAUGCAGUAGAGUAUAAAAAAAUGUUGUAAUUCUCUACAAGAUCCAGCCUCCUGAGAAGAGGCUCUGUAAUUCAGCUGUAAAAAAAAUCUUAAAACAA